AUGAAGGUAACAGAGAUAGUCAUGGAGAAGGUUGAGGAAAACGAGGUCGUCGUUUUGAGUGAUAAUGAUGAAGAGUAUGAAUCUGUUGAAAAAGUGGUGGAUGAUGGAGAAGACAGUGAAGAAGAAGAAGAUGAUGAUGAUGGCGAUGAAGAUGAAGAAGACAAUGAUGACGAGGAUGACGAUGACGAUGACGAUGACGCUACUGGUGCUGGUGAUGAAGACGAUGAAGAGGAAGAAGAAGGUGGAGCAGGUGAAGGUGCAUGUGGUGGUGAUCCUGAUGAUGAUGAUGAUAAUGAUGAUGAUGAAGAUGAUGACGAUGACGAGGAUGAUGAUGAGGAUCCAGAAGAAGAGGAGGAUUUGGGAACAGAGUAUCUUGUCCGUCCUCUAGGUGCUGCUGAGGAGGAGGAGGCUUCAAGUGAUUUCGAGCCUGUUGAAAAUGGUGUGGAUGAAGAUGAAGUAGAAGAAGACGAUGUUGAGGAAGAUGAAGGCGAUGAUGAUGUUGAGAAGAAGGCUGGUGUGGUUCCACCGAAAAGAAAGAGGUCAGGCAAAGAUGAUUCCGAUGAUGACGAUGGAGGAGAAGAUGACGUCCGACCCUCUAAACGAUAG